CAAACAAUAAACCAAGAUUCGUUGCUACAAGCUGUCAAAUCUAUAGCAAAAUGCGGAAUCAGUUUUCACAUAAGAUUUAUGCCUUGACCUACCUACAAUUCAUUAACAUAUCAUAUCAUAUGCUAAAUACUUGCAAAAAAUUUGUCUGCAGAGUUUUUGGAGUGUAUUUGUUUUUUAAUGUGAUGUGUACAUUGAUUAUUGCUGUAAAGAAAUAACAAUUUUAUUUUGGGGUCUGAAACCUUGACUUCUGUGCGAUGUUUCGUAAUAUAGAUACGAAAAAAAUAUCUAAUGUACAAGAACAUUGGAUGUUUAUUUUAAUUGGAUUUUUAUAAUCAUAAAAGUUUUUAAGCAAAGUGAUAUUUUAUGCUAUUUAAAAUUAUAUCAAUGUAUAAAACACUAAAAAAGUGAAAAAGUGAAGCUAAAGAAAAAUAUGCCAAGAAAAGUGAUGUGACACUGUUGACUUAACCAUGUUUUUAGCUCGGUCUACCAGACCGAUGGCACAAUUUGCCGCUCAAGCAGCACUGCGUUCUCGCUGGGGCUCUCUGAUUGAGUCAACCAGCAUCGACGUACCAGGCGAAGUUACCGAUGGUGUCCGAUCAGUAGUGGGAUGGCUAAAACAGGCUUCACUCGAAGUGCGUCAAGUCGGAAGGCGUGCAGUGAACCAGCUCGCGGGACGAGGGAUGGGCGAUGAGGUCAUCAUCAUACACUUCAACGAUGUUUACAACAUUGAACCGACGACGACCACGGAACCAGUGGGGGGUGCACUGAGAUUCAGUACGGCUGUCAAAGCGUUGCAGCAUUUGAAUCCUCUGGUGUUAUUCAGCGGGGAUGUUUUCUCGCCGAGCAUGUUGAGCACGUUCACGAAAGGGGAACAAAUGGUGCCUGUAUUGAACGAAAUAGGAACGCAAUGUGCCGUAUUCGGGAACCAUGACUUCGAUUUCGGUCUAGAAGUCCUGUCGGGCUUAGUAGCCCAAUGCAAGUUCCCGUGGUUAAUGUCCAACGUGAUUGACAACGAGACUGGUAGACCUCUCGGUGAUGGACGAAUAACGCACCCUUACAUCGCUAACGGACACAAGAUCGGCCUCAUAGGUCUCGUGGAACAGGAAUGGCUCGAAACCCUGGCCACCAUCAACCCCGAAGAGGUGACUUUCAUAGACUUCCUCCAGGCUGGAUCGAAACUGGCCUCGCAGCUGAAACAAGAGGGCUGUGAGUACGUAAUAGCUCUGACACACAUGAGAACGCCGAACGACAUUAAACUGGCCGAGGGCUGUCCCGACAUCGACCUCAUACUCGGCGGACACGACCACGUCUAUGAAGUCCUUGAGAUAAACAACACGUAUAUAGUGAAAAGCGGCACGGACUUCCGUCAGUUCUCUAAAAUCAGCAUAUCGUUCAAGGGCGAAGCGCCCAAAGUGGAGAUAACCGAAGUCCCGGUGACCAGCUCGUAUCCCGAAGACGAGGUGCUCAAAGCUAAAGUGGAGAAGUAUUCAGCAAUGAUCGAAGGUAAAAUGGACGAGGUAUUGGGCAAGUUCAGCGUACCGUUGGAAGGUCGUUUUUCGUACAUCCGCCGCAUGGAGUGCAACCUCGGCAACUGGGUCACGGACGUGCUGCUGGCGGCCACCGGGGCCGACCUCGUCGUUCUGAACUCGGGAACCUUCCGAUCCGACCAGGUACAUCCAGCUGGCGACUUCACUUUACGCGACCUAUCCACCAUUAUACCGAUGCGGGAUCCGCUCGUGGUGGUGGAAGCCAGCGGCGAUGUCAUCCUCCAGGUCCUGGAGAACUCUGUCAGCAAAUAUCCGAGUCUGGAGGGAAGAUUCCCUCAGGUUGCCGGUGUCUCAUUCGCGUUCGACCCGUCGCUGCCCCCGGGGCGGCGCGUGGCUGAGCACGUGGUGAAGGUCGGAGACGAGUAUCUGCAGCGCGCCCAGCGGUACCGCCUCGCCGUCAAGCAGUACCUGCGCGCCGGCAACGACGGCUACAACAUGCUGCCCUCCUGCAAGCUUCUCGUAUCGGAGGACAUGUGCCCCGAAAUAGGGAUGGCGAUACAGAACCACUUCGCCGCCAUCAACGUGCGCACCGGUAAAUCCAAACCUUCGAAGCACAGACAGUCACUGGUCACGCUCAGCCGGAGGCACAGCUUAGUAAAGAUGCUCGAUGUGAACGAGCUGGACGGGCCGCCUCCUCUUCGAAGAGCCUCAUCGGCAGCCGUGGAGCCCACGCCACACAGCGGCCAUCACAGGCUGACGAGGAGAGCGUCCUUGGACGAUCUGGAGCAGCAAUCCUGCGAGUUGGCCCCCAAAAUAGAGAAUAGAAUCGUCGUCCUAGAUAAACCAGAGAAGCUUCAGGCCUUGCUCGCCGAGCGCGCCCGCUGGGAGUCCGAUACCGUCAUCAGGGAGGUGGAGGAUGAAAACUCGCCCUAAGAAUUAGCACACCCAUUAUUCGGGUGUUUCAUUUGGUACAGACAUUUCAUGUAAUUUCGACAUCUCGGUUUGCAGUCUCACUCGAUUCUCGAUAACGUGAGUAUUCGUUAUCAUUUCAUCUAAUAAGAAAUGCAACACUCUGUAUAAGAUUUCGUUUGCUGUAAACUUUACAUACAUAUACUUUCGAGGUAAUCAGACUCUGUUGUCAAUAGUGUAAGAUUUAAUGUCAUUUGAACUGUCUUCCGGAGAUAUAACAAGGUUGUGUUUACCAAAUAACACACCCUGUACCAAACUCUCUCUUUGAUGUUAACAUCUCAAAUAUAAUAAAUCUGAAGUUAUAUAGUAGUUAAAUACAAAUAAGAUACAAAAUGCAAUACUCGUUGAAAUACUACUUGUUCUUAAAUAGCUUAGCUGUUUUUGUAUUUAUUUAGCAUAAAGGUUAUUCGAUUUUAUUGAAUAUCAAUGUCAGCUUAUUUACAUAUUCUUGAAGUUAUAUGUAUUUGAAUAUGAUGUUGAAAUUUGAACUAACAUACUUUAUAUACGUCAUCAUCAUCAUGACUUAUUUCUUCCCAUUUCAAUAUUGAAAGAGAUCUGUGUUAAUAAUCUUCCAUCACUUUCACAUUUUACGUGUGAAAAUAGGAUAGCAUUAUCUUUUCUUCCCCUUAAUAGUUUUAUUACAAUUUUAAUACUCAGCUACACCCCAAAAGAUAAUUAUGAUACCGAAUGCGAUUCUUUACGAUUUUUUAAUCGAUAAUUCGAAUAUAUGUUUGAAUCGAUAUUUAACUAUCCGAGAUAUUGAGUUAUUAUUACAAAAACAGAAUCAAUACAAUACUCAGUAUGAUAAUUCGAAUAUAUAUUUGAAUCGAUAUUUAACUACCCGAGAUAUUGAGUUAUUAUUACAAAAACAGAAUCAAUACAAUACUCAGUAUGGUAAUUCGAAUAUAUGUUUGAAUCGAUAUUUAACUACCCGAGAUAUUGAGUUACUAUUACAAAAAUAGAAUCGAUACAAUACCUAAUCUGAAUGAAAAUAGAAAUAUCAUGAUACAGAAUAUCGUUUUGUACUCAUACUAGUAUUUAAUACGCACUAGUGAUCACUGUAACGCAAUAUUCGCUUUGGAUCGCCAUUCGCUUCGUACAGUAUAGCUUCACACGCUUCGCACUCUUCAUUUUAAAAUUGACGUCGCCAUUUACCCUCCCGUCUCUAUAGGGGGCGUAACGGUCGAAUUUAUUUUGAAAUAAUUUUCAAUGCAUUCUCUACCUUUAGAUUAGUUUUGAUGUAGGGUAGACGCACCAUUGCCUCUUUUUUCAUUUAGGCCAUUAUCAUACGUAUUAUUUAAGUAACAACUACCCUAAAAAUGAUCGUAUAUUUUCGAUACAUACAAUCUCUAUCAAAUGAAUCUACGUGCCUUUUAUACUGUGCGCCUAGUAACAAAACACUAGUACGUCUAACACAACCCUGAAUUAGGGAUGUGCCAGAAUAAUUUUAUUAAUAAAACUUUUUUUUUUUUAAUUAAUCACAAAAAAACUUAUUGUUGUAUAUGCUUUCAAAGCUUAUUUUAGUUUUAUGAUUACGCAUCUCAUUCUUAUCUGAUCAUAUCGUUUUUAUGUCUAAGUUUUUAGCUUGAAAAGCACAUUUACUCUAUUAAAUAGUCUUUUUUUAAUUAAUAUUUGUUUGUUAAUUAUUGUAUAGACAUUAAUUAAUAUCAUAGCUUACGUAAACAUAGGAGAAUAUUAUUUUUAAAUGGAUAAAGACAAUUGAAAAUGAAGCCACAAUAUUUUCAGUGCUUUGCAGUUAUUUUAGUACAGCGUAUGUGCGUUUUGUAAGUUAAUGAUAAAGUACUAAACCAAAAAAAAUUACACUUUUUUUUAAAUAAUUUUUACUCUUACAUUUUACUUACGACUGUCAAAGGUCAAUAUUGAUUCACUAACAGAUAAUUCACGCUUUUGUUAUUAGGAUUAUCAGUGCCAUGCUUAUAUAAUAAUGUCAUCCACAUAUAGCUGCUAUUC